AUGUGGUGUGCAGCUGUUGAUUUGGAAUCUUUUGGUAUUUGCGAUAAAGAUAAUUCAACUGAUGUUUGUGGAGAAGGUAGUGGUGGUGUUUGUGAUGAAGGUAAUCCCACUGAUGUUGGUGUAGAAUGCAGUGGUGAUGGUUGCGAUGAAGGUAAUGUGACUGAUGUUGGUGUAGGAGGCAGUGGUGUGGGUUGUGAUGAAGAUUAUUUGACCAAUGUGGGUGUACAAGGCAGCUCAUGUGUGUUGGAAAUUUCUCCUGGGUUGACUAAGCAGCGUUCAAUUCGGAAGAGUAGGGAUGGUGUUGCUGUGGAGAAGCAUUUAGUAUGUAAUGGUCAGGGUUUUAAGCAGAGGGUUUCUAGUGUUGCUAAAACUACUUUGGUGAGGAGACAGAGGGUGACAAAUAGGGUUGGUUGUAAGGCUAAGGUUGUGAUAAAGCUUAAGUCUAAUGGUUUGUAUGUUGUGCAUUCUUUUGAGGAACGUCACACUCAUUCGUUGUGUUCAAUUAUUGCUAGGAAAUUUUUAAAGGUGAAUCGUAGCCUUUAUGCUGGGCACCAAAUGUUUAUUGCGAGUUGUGCUCGAGCAAAUAUUGGCUCUGUUCGGUCAUAUAGGCUGUUUAAAGAGAUUGUUGGUGAGUAUUCCAAUGUUGGGGCUAUAGGUGUGGAUUUUAAGAAUUUCAAGCGUGACCUGAUGACGUACAUUCUAAAUGCUUUCAAGGGGUUUUUUUGGGCAGAUGCAGUAUCUAGGAAGAAUUUUGCUUUGUUUGGUGAUGUUGUUUCAUUUGAUGCUACAUACCGUACUAACAGGUAUAAGUUGGUUUUUGUUCCGUUUACUGGAAUUGAUAACCAUAAGAGAUCCAUCACCUUUGGUGCUGGUUUGCUUACGAGGGAACACGUAGACUCAUAUGUGUGGCUUUUGGAGAAAUUUAAGAAAACUAUGUGUCAUGACCCUAUUUGUGUUGUUACUGAUCAAGAUCCAGCUCUCAAGGUUGCUGUUGCUUGUGUGUUUGGUACAUCAAAACAUAGAUUUUGCAUGUGGCAUAUAAUGUGCAAGGUUGGUGAGAAGGUUGGACCAGUUUUAUCUAAAGAUGAAGUGUUUAGUAAGAAGUUGAAUGGCAUCGUUUGGAACAAAUCUUUGGACUCCAAGUCUUUUGAGGAUGCAUGGAGUUGUAUUAUGGAGAAAUAUGGUUUGGGUGAUAAUGGAUUGGUUAGGAUAACGUCUCGAUCAGAGUCUCAAAAUGGUUUUUUUGGUACGUUCUCUAAUGGUCAUUCUAGUUUGGUCGAGUUCUUGAUACCAUUGGCUUUGGAGAAGCAUGCAAUGGAUGUUUACACCAUUUCUGUAUUUUAUGAUGUUCAAGUAGAGUUUUGUGCAGCUUGUUAUUCGUGUCAAGUGGUGUCUUUGUGCGAUUGUGAUGGUCAUGUGUCCUAUGGGAUAAAAGAUGGUGCCCAACGGGCAUGGUGUGUGGAGCUAGUCUUGUCUGAUUACACUGCUACUUAUUCUUGCAAGAUGUUUGAGCGGAUGGGGUAUUUGGUGUCUCGGUGGACAAAGGGUGCUUGUUUGAAGCCAAUAUUUCAUAUUGAUGAUACAAUUGUUGAUCAAUCUUCUAAAGUGGAGAACCUACGACGUGUUAUUUGUGAGCAAAGGCAAUUAUUUCUCCAAGAUGGUAGUGAGAAUGGCAGUGGGGUGGUGGCUAGUGGCAGCAAACAAAGUGUGAUCAAUUCAUUUUGUGGAGCCGUGUCUCAGGGGUCAACAGUGGAGGUGCGUGAUCCUAUUCAAGCUAAGAACAAGGGUAGCGGUAAGCGGUUGAAGAGUACAAGGGAGAAAGCUGCCAGUAAGUGUGUAAAGCAAUCAAGGAAAUGCCAUACUUGUGAUGAAUAUGGUCAUAAUAGUAGGACAUGCCCUUUAAAUGGUUAG